AUGGACACUGUCAGCGCAGGCAUCUAUCAAAACCUGCAGCUGAUUGAGCUUUAUAACCCAGAAGGCCAGGGAUUAGCAGCGCACUGGAACGAGUUCUACCCGACAUACUUUGCCCAGGUUUCCGAGUUUGCUCGCACCUACGUCGCUGACCAGGUUCGAUUCAUUUGCCGACGGUUUGGUACGCAAACUACGGAAAUGGCUGCGAGCGUCUUGCUUGAGCUGGACGAGAUCGAGGACAGGAUCCCAAAGCUCAAGUAUAAAUUUGAGGACUGA